CAUAUAGAGUAAAGUAAUCUAUACGUCCAUGUCUAUAACUGAUGUUGCCUAGCAACUGUUUGGCAACAGCCUACAAACUUGGCCUUGGGCCCUUGUAUACAAAUAACAAAAAAAAAAACAAAUAAAUUAAAAACUCUCGUUAGCAUCGAUAACAACAAGUCUACGCUCGAUAAAGAGUAAGUAGUUUAGCUACUUGUAGUUUCUUGAUUGAAGAAUAAUUAUUUGGUUCAACGCAACAUGGCUGAAGAACUACAGAAGUCUCACCUAUAUUAUGAUGAAAUUAACAAAAUAAGAGUUAUUGAGAACACAGUUCUUAAGGAAACAGAGGAUUUAAAGGAAACUAGCAAAGAGUAUGAGACAAAGGUACAAGACUUUGGGAAAAUAAUAACGAAUUUGUUAGAUAUGUUAAAAGAAUUAGGAGAUAACGUAGAAAAGCAGAAGAUGGCUGCUAUAGGUGCAACUAAUCUCGUAAAAUCUAUAGCAAAAGACAGAGAAAGUGAACAAGCAAAACUGCAAGCGGAAAUAAGCGAUAAGUCUAUAGCUCUAGAACAAUUAGACAGUGAAUAUGAUGCUCUCCAAAUAUUAGAAGCCACUCAAAUCGAAACUAUUGAAUAUUUGACCCAGCUAAGAUAAAAUUUUAUUGCUUUUUUAACAAACAAUAAUUUUAUUGCUCUGAUAUGACAGGAGUCAAAUAAUUUGUAUUAAUUAGUUAGUAUGAAAUGAAAACAUGCACACUAGUCACUCUGAUGUAGGUUAUUCGCUUCACGUGCUAUUUUGUCGAUCGCGCGUCACGCCCAUUACAAGUUGCAAGACAGCACAAUACAAUAAGUUUAGUGUGUCUGCACCUUUACUCAAAUAUGUAUAUAAUAGUACCUACACUAUCUACUGCAUCGAAUUAGAUGAUUAUUUUGUUUUCAUUUUAUGUAAUAUUCUUUUAGAUGAUAUUUAAAAAAAAUCAUACAAUAACAUUAGAGUCUGUAAAAAUUUAUUUUUUUAAUCAAUUCACACAUGAAACAAUUUUUAACGGGAUCUGCUAAAAUAAAAUUAACAAAUUUUUUCUCAGGUCCAGUGUCUGUAUUUUUAUGGAAAAAAAUACUUGUGUAAUUAUUUUACUUUGCCACAUUUUAUUACUAUCGUUGAUUACAAAAAUAUGACUACUUAUGUGACUAAGGAAUAACAUAC